CGGGAGUCACGUGCUCCGGGGUCCUUCCGCGUCCGGAGCCGGGCCGGGGUUGCUAGGCAACCGGUAAACGAUGCCGUUUCAGGAGCGCGGGAGCCAGGGUCGUUGGAUUGGGCGCUUCCCCUGAGGCCCAGAAGCAGGAGGAGCGGACCCAGGCAGCCGGCACCAUGGAGAUUGUGUACGUGUACGUCAAGAAGCGCAGCGAGUUCGGGAAGCAGUGCAAUUUCUCGGACCACCAGGCCGAGCUGAACAUUGAUAUCGCACCCAACCCCGAGCUGGCCGAGCAGUUCGUGGAGCGGAACCCAGUGGACACGGGCAUCCAGUGCUCGGUCAGCAUGUCGGAACAUGAGGCCAACACAGAGCGGUUUGAGAUGGAGACUCGGGGAGUUAACCAUGUCGAGGGGGGCUGGCCCAAGGACGUGAACCCCCUGGAGCUGGAGCAGACCAUCCGCUUCCGGAAGAAAGUGGAGAAGGAUGAGAACUACAUUAACGCCAUCAUGCAGCUUGGCUCUAUCAUGGAGCACUGCAUCAAGCAGAACAAUGCCAUUGACAUCUACGAGGAGUAUUUCAACGACGAGGAGGCCGUGGAAGUGACAGAGGAGGCCCCUUCGGCUAAAACCAUCAAUGUUUUCAGGGAUCCCCAGGAAAUCAAGAGGGCUGCCACACAUCUCUCCUGGCACCCUGAUGGCAACAGGAAGUUGGCAGUGGCAUACUCCUGCUUGGAUUUUCAGCGGGCACCUGUGGGCAUGAGCAACGAUUCAUACAUCUGGGACCUGGAAAACCCCAACAAGCCUGAACUUGCUCUGAAGCCAUCUUCCCCGCUCGUUACGUUGGAGUACAACCCCAAAGAUUCCCACGUGCUCCUGGGUGGCUGCUACAAUGGACAGAUAGCCUGCUGGGACACCCGGAAGGGCAGCCUGGUGGCUGACCUAUCCACCAUCGAGUUCAGCCACCGAGACCCUGUGUAUGGCACCAUCUGGCUGCAGUCAAAGACGGGCACCGAAUGCUUCUCAGCAUCCACAGAUGGGCAGGUCAUGUGGUGGGACAUCCGAAAGAUAAGUGAGCCCACUGAGGUCGUGAUCAUGGACAUCACCAGAAAGGAGCAGUUGGAAAAUGCCUUGGGGGCCAUCUCCCUGGAGUUUGAAUCUACUUUGCCCACCAAGUUCAUGGUGGGCACCGAGCAGGGCAUCAUCAUCUCCUGCAACCGCAAGGCCAAGAUCGUGUGCACCUUCUCGGGCCAUCACGGCCCCAUCUACGCUCUCCAGAGGAACCCCUUCUACCCCAAGAACUUCCUAACAGUGGGUGACUGGACAGCCCGCAUCUGGUCUGAAGACAGCCGGGAGUCAUCCAUCAUGUGGACCAAGUACCACAUGGCUUACCUCACCGACGCUGCGUGGAGCCCUGUGAGGCCAGCCGUUUUCUUCACCACCAAGAUGGAUGGGACCCUGGACAUCUGGGACUUUGUGUUCAAGCAGUGCGACCCUGCCCUCAGUCUGAAGGUGUGUGACGAGGCCCUCUUCUGCCUCCGGGUGCAGGACAAUGGGUGUCUCAUCGCCUGUGGCUCCCAGCUGGGGAUGACCACCCUGCUGGAGGUCUCCAGUGGGCUCUCCACCCUCCAGAGGAACGAGAGGAACAUAGCCUCCUCCAUGUUUGAGCGUGAGACCCGGCGGGAGAAGAUCCUGGAGGCCAGGCACCGGGAGAUGCGGCUGAAGGAGAAGGGCAAGGCGGAGGGCAGGGAUGAGGAGCAGAGGGACGAGGGGCUGGCCACAGACCUGGAGGCGCUGGUCAGCAAGGCAGAGGAAGAGUUUUUCGACAUCAUCUUCGCAGAGCUGAAGAAGCAGGAGGCAGAUGCCAUCAAGCCGAAGCCAAUGCCUGACCUCUUUUGUACCAGUGGACAGAGGAAGAAAAGACAUCAUCUGUCUGGGUCACUUCCUUUAGGCUCCACAGAUAAGAUGCCAAAAUACGAAAGAGCCAAACAGCAGCAUGGCAGGGAAAAGAAACAGCGACAGCAACCGAGUUCAGAGGAAGUCCAGGUGGCGCAGGAGGGAGAGGAAGCGACGGGGGAGAGAGUGGGUGACGAAGAGGAAGAAGACUUAGCCUAGAAGCCAGCCUUCGACUGCAGAGCUGUCCCUGUGUGCCUUCUCUUCCCACCUCUGUGAUUGCCCUGCUCUCACUAGUGGGGAGCUGAGCACCCCCUUAAAGCAGCACUGGGUGGUGGGCGGGGAGCAUCAGGCCCUGACACCCUACCCCCGACACAGCGCUGGCCCCCACUGACUCACUGGGCACUGAGUCCCAAGCCACCCCUUGGAGGGAAGGAAGGGGCAGGGCUUGUCUGGGAGCUGGCUGCCCCCUGGUCUCAGCCACCCUGAGCCCACCCCGAGGGCACCUUAGGCCCGGCCCUGGAUGUUUCCUGGGAUUCAGCUUCUCACAGGUUCCCCAGCAAUCAUUCUCAUUUGCAACCUUGCAAACCCUCAACCACACUGGCACAGCCAUGGCAGGGCCUCGGGAAGACCUUUGAGUGGGGGCAGGGGGAUUUCCUCCCCAUGAUCAACCCUCCUUGAAACCCACAAAUCAGGAACAAAAAGUCUGUCCACUUUGAAAAUGCCUCACCAGGCAGCUUCCCGGGCAUGGGUACACUUUGCCACUACAGAAGCCUCCGAGUGCGUGGGAGGGGACAGGUGGGAUGAGCUUGGCUGUUCUGCCGCACCUGAAUGCUUUCUGUUAUCCUAAUUCUUGUAAAGUUAAAUGAACCAUAACAAUGCCACCAGUUAGUCUGUGUGAUGCAUCCCACACCCAGAACCUU